AUGAAAUAAAACUCUUCCUUCAUUUCUCAAGAAGAAGACUGUUAUAAUGAAAUCAAUACCAUUAUUGAUAAUAUCAAAAAUUAAGUUUAUUUCUAAAAUGAAGAAAUUGAAAAUGAUCUAAAAUAACAUUUAUCUAAAUUAGACUAAUAACAAAGAUUAGAAAUGAUAUAACAUUUACAUUAAUAAUUUCCUGAUGAGGAAUUUAUAAAAAGACCGUAUUUUCAAUAUGUACUUGAUAAUGAUAUUAAAUAAUCUACAUCCACACCUGAUGCGAUUAAUUCAAAUUAUAUUGAGAAUUUUAAGAAAAAAGAGUUUGAUUAAAUUCUUUAGGAUGUAAAAAAUAAAGAAUAUUGUGAUGCAAAUUAAAUACCUAUUGAAAUCAAAGAUUAUUUAACUCCUCUUUCGCAAAUAAGAAAAGAUCUUCAUUUAAUAUUUGAGCUUAUAGAAUUGAUGAAAGAUAGAGCUCAAUUUCAGUAUUUAUCAAUUUUAAAAGUGCUUAUUAAUUUGUUUUUUAUUGAAUAUCAUAAUGAUAUAAAAAGAUUAAUUCAUCAAUUAGUUGGUUUUCUUUUAGAAAAUUAGAUUUAUAAAUUUGAAUAUUAUAUAGAAUAAGUCAUUAAUUAAAAUAAAUAAGAAGAACAAUAUUUUAAAUAAUGUAUAGAAAAGGUGUAGUUUUUAGAAAUUUCUGUGUAAUAAGGUUAAGAUGAAUUAUUAAAAUAUUGUAAAAAUAAAUCAAUACUUUUUUUAUUUGAAUUGUUGAAUACAAAACUUGAAUUUCAUGCUUAAAAUUUAUUAAAUUUUAUUAGAAAUCUAAUCUAUAAAAAUGAUAAAGUAGUAAAUAAAGAUGAUCUCAUACAAUAUAUAUCUUUAACAGAAAAUUUUGAUCAAAAUAUUGAUUAUCUUUACUUUAAAUUAGUCUUUUAUUUUUGGAUUUAGUACAUUCUUAAAUUUAACAUUAAUGAAAGCAUAGGAGAAAUUGAAAAAAGAUUAUCUAAAUCUUAAAAGAAGUAGACAGUAUUAGUAAAUGGCAUAGUAAAAUUCAGAUCUGAAUGCAAUGAUAGAAUUUACAGAUAUAUGAUUAACAAAAUAAUUUAUUAUAAAAAUAUUGAAGGUGAUGAAUUUUUUCAGGCUUAUAAGUAAUAAGAAAAAUAAGAGUAAGAGUUUAUUAAUAUAUUUGAAACAUUAGGAUAGUAAAAUAUCGAAAUUCUUAUAGAAAAGUAAUUAAAUGAAUCCAAAAGCAUUUCAAAUAAGCUAAUGUUCUAUUAAUUUUAAAGAUAAAAUUAAAAUAAAUCAAUUCACUUUUUCAAAUUUUUAGCAAUAAAUGAUACAUUUGAUAAGUUUGAAGUUAUUCGGUAAUGGAUUAAAGAUAGUUUUAAAUGUUUUGAAUAAAAAUAAUUCGCCUCACUCUCUUAUUAGCAUCAGAUUAACCUACUUUAACUUCAGUAAGCUUUAAAGAAUAAUACAUAAUUAAAAAUGUCAAGAGUUGUUAAAUAAAAAGAGAUUUUUAAUAAAUACCCAAAAUAACUAAUGAUUUAAAUGGAAGAAUUUAACAUUUCAUUAACAUCACAAAUGGAUAUAGAAUUAACUGUUUAAGAAUGGUUAAAAAAUAGAGGAGAUAAAACCAAUUUUAAGAAAUUGCUUCCAUAUUAUUUUAAUAUUAUAAAAAGAGGAGAAUCUCCAGAAGAUUUUUUAGCCUUAAUUAACAAGAAUAUCAUUUAAAGAAAUUAAAAUAACAAUAAUGAAACAUUCAACUUAAAAUCUUUAUUUUAAUUACUUUACAAUAAUUCAGAUAAAGAACUUCAAGUGAUGUUAUUAAAAAUACACUCAAAAAAUUAUCCUGUUCCAUUACUUUAUCAAAAUCCUUAAUUAGAAAAUAAUAUAAACUCAAUUUUAGACUAUUAUGCAUUUAACUCAAAUAUUUAUUACUUAUUAUCUAAUGAUUUUACAAUUAUAAAUUUUUGUUUAAGUAAAAAAGCAAAUUAAUUUGGAAAAUCUGAAUUAAUGAAUAUACUAUUUUAUGAUGAUUAUAAAGAUUUAAAAUUUGAAGUUUCUGAUUCAUCUUCAAUGAAUUAGAAUUCGAUAGAUUGUUAAUUUGAUUUUUCUUUUAAUGGUAGCAGAAAUUACUUAGUAGCUGAUGUACAUGGUUAGUUGGAAGAUGAAAUAUAUGUAAAAUUGCUCCCUUUUUUUAAACUUUGGAUAAUUUAAAUAUAAUCAGAAAAUUAAUUUGAAGAAAAUUUAGAUAAAUUGAUAGAUUUGCUUAAGAAAACUAGUUUAAAACCUAAAAUUAUUCUUAUUAUAAGAGACUCAGAAAUAAAACAAUUCAAUAAAGAUAAAUUAAGUAUUCUAUAGCAAUAAAGUUUAAAUAUUAAAAUCCAUUAGAUUCCAAAUCUAUCAAAAUUGGAGAAUAAGGCUAUAAUAAUAGAUGAAAGAUAAAAAAUAAAAGAAUUUAUCGUAUAAAUGAUAGAUAAUUAAAAUAAAGAAGUUAAUGAAAAAGAGUUACAGAAAUAAUUUUUAGAAAUUUGUAAAUCCUUUAAGAAACUAUAAGAUAAAAAUGAUAAUUCUGAAAUGAUUAUUAAUAAUCUAUCAGAAGAAUUAGAAAAAAUGAUAAAAGAACACGAUGGGUUUUAUUCUAUUAAAGCAUUUCCAUUAAGACAUCUAUAAUGGCGAAUGUAAUGCUGCAAGAAAUAAAAAUAGGAAUUAAACUAUAAAAAAAUGUAAUAUGAAUAAGAAUUAGAAAAAAAACAAAAUGCUAUAAAUGAUUUGAAAAAAGAAAAUAUUGAUUUUGAAUAAAUAAAUUAAAAAGAAAAUGAAAAAGAGUAGAUUAACAUAAACAUUAAAUAAGCUUAAUUAAAAUUACAAUAGAUUAUAUUGGAAAUUAGUUAAAUUGAGUAAUAAAAUAAAUCAUAGAAUUAUCAAGAAUCAAACUUAAUUAUAUAAUUUAAUAAUAUCUUUAAUUACGAUAACUUUUACAUAAUCUAUUUAAGAUUUGUUGAAUUAAUUGCAAAAUUUAACAAAAGAAAUUUUUAACAAUUAAAUAAAAAUAUUUAGGAAAUAAAACUAAAACUUGCAUCAUUAAAAGAAGAGUAACAAAAAGAAAGAUCAAAAUUACUAAUAGAUUUGAAAUAAUAAGAAAAUUAAAUUAUUAUGUAAACUAUAACCAUUGAAUUAUUUUGGAGGGAAGUAAUUUAGGGCAAUAGUUCCUUUAAAAAUAAUCCAGUAACAACAGUAUGUAAUUUGAUUAAGAAAGGAGAGCCUUUUGAAUUUUUAAAUGGUGAUAAUCUUAGCAUAGAUUUCAAUUUUUUUCAUUUAUUACGAGAAUCACUAUUAAAUGGUUAAAAUAAUAAAAUUCUGUUUUUGAGUAUUUUAGGCCCUUAAAGUUCAGGAAAGUCUACCUUGUUAAAUAGAAUUUUUGGAUGCCAUUUUUUAACUAGUAUGGGAAGAUGUACAAAAGGAUUAUAUCUAUAAAUGUUAAAGAUAUAGAAUAAAGAAUAAUUUGGUGGAUUAUUUGAUUAUAUAGUAUUAUUAGAUUCAGAAGGAUUAUAAAAUCCUAAUUAAAAAGAUCCUGAAUUUGAUAAGAAAAUUUCUCUAUUAAUAAUUUCAAUAAGCGAUGUUCUUAUCUUUAAUGUUAAAGGCGAAAUUCAUUCAGCAUUUCAUAAUCUUAUUGAAUCAAGUUUUUACACACUUGCAAAAUUUUCAGAAUAAAUAUUUUUAAAGCAAUUUGCUUGGUGUUUCAAUUAAAAUAGCUAGAUUAAUGAUGAUGAAAAAUAUAAAUUAUUAAAGUAAAUUGAAAGUAUAGGAACUAAACUAAACUUUGAAAAAAUUAUGGUUAAUGAAGAAGGCAAACAAAUGGAUUAUACUAAAUACUUAGAUAUAACAAUAGAUAAUGUAUAUAUACUAGGUAUGGCAACUAAUUCAUAAGAGUGGCAACCAUAUAACUCUUCAUAAUAAAAUAAAACUUAAAAAUCAGAAAUUAAAUAAGAAAUAAAUCAAUAAGAAUAUUCAAAAAAUGCCUUAUCUUUCGGAGUAUAAAUAAUAAGAAAGUAUAUCGAUAAGUAUAAAUAAUCAAAAUAAUAUCAUCAUGAAAUGUUGACUUGGAAUUCAUUUAUUACAAAUGUUGAAUAAUAUUGGGAUAUAGUGUCAAAAUUACCAGAUUUGGUGGAAUUUUCAGAUUUAAAAGAAUAGAAGGAUUAUGAAUAAAUAAAUAAAAUAGCCAUAAAUAAAAUGACUUAAGCUAAUGGAAAUUUUAAUGAUUUUGAGAAAAUUAUUUUAGAAAUAAUAGAAAAAAGCAAAACAUGUUAUUCAUUAUAGGAUUUUGAUUUUUUACAAAAAGAUUUUUUAUAGAAUUUUUAAUCGAAAUGUUUAAAUCAAAAGUAGGAAAUGUUAAAGAUUUAUAAAGUGAAUACUUAUAUCAGAUUAUUUCAGAGGCAAUUAGAAAAAAAGUUAUAGGUAAUAUUGAAGAAGUAUAUUCUGCUAUCAGCUUGGAAGUAUCCUUAAUAAUUUUAUAAACGAUUCAUUAAUAAAGAAGAUAAUUUCAAUAUAAUCAUAUUCCUGCUAAAAUUUAACAAAAAAUUUUAGAGGUAUUAAAUGAUUCAAAAAAAUUAUAAAUUAUAUAAAAAAAUGAAGAUCAACUUAAUUCUGAAUUUGAACAACUUUGCAAUUAAUUAAUUUAAAGUUCAAAUGAUGAAAUAGAAAAAAAACAUACUGAAUUUUAAAUAAAAUUAUUUGACUGCUUUUCGAGAUAUUAGAAAAUCUAUUCUUUAGAGGAUGAUUUAAUAGAAUCAAUUAAUUAUUUCGUAAGUUGUGUUAACAGAUAGGAUCCUAAUACAAAUAAAUAGAAUGAAAUAUAGAAAAUUUGUGAGAUAUUCAAUUAAGAUAUUAGAUAGAACUAUUUUUAUAAUCUUAAUAAAUAAAGUAGAUAAGAAUUAAAAAAUAUCUUUGAUGAAGAUAUAUAAAAAAGAAUUAAAAAUAUGCCUAAAUUUCCUACUAUAAACCCUUUAAAUUAUUUGGAAGUGAUGACUACUUAUUAUGUUUUAGAAAAAACAGAGAUUGUGAAUGAAAUUAAAUAAAAUUUAAAGCAACAAUUAAUUAAUAUAACAAAUGAAAAUAAAGGAUAGAUAUAAAAAAAGUAGAAUGUUCACUAAUUAUUUGCUACUUUGAAACAAUUACCAAUUGAAUUCGACGAAAGAACCUUAAAAGAGGUUUUAUGUUAGGUUGAUUCUGAUUUUUAGUAGUUCUAAGAUAAUCUUAAACCAACAUCAAGUUCUAAAAAUAAUCAAAUUAAGUAUUCAAACUCAUAAAUAAAUUAUACAUAAUUUAAACUUAUCCAAAUGUCAUCAAGCACUAAAUUUAUAACAUAGUCCACUUAAAGUGAAUAAAAUAGUAAUGAUGAACAUUAAAAACCAAUAUCAUUAAGUACUUUCAAUAAUCGUAGUCAAUCAUAUUAUGAAUCAUCUUUAAAUAUAGUUGAUAAUUUAAUCAAUUCCAUUAAAAUAUCAUAAUUAUAACCAAUACCAAUGAUUAAAUUUAGUAAAAACUAUAUCUUGUAAUAUUUUCCUAAAUUAAAAAAUUUCAAAGUACUUUAUGAUAUCAAUAUAUAAGAAUAAAACAAUAUUUUUGUUUUUAAUAAAGAAACAAAUAUCAAUUGUAAAUAAAGUUAAAAAUCAAAGUAUGAAAACUUUUUUAAUUAUAUUAUAAACUAAAAAACAGAUCAAACUGAUUAAUAAGAUUUUUACUAGAAAUUUUCAUCUUUAUUUUUAGAAAUUAUGAAUGAAAAUUAAGGAUGGAAUAAAUUAUUUUCAGAAAUCUAUGAUAUUAUAUAUAAAUAAUUUAAUGAAUCGAUAUAGUCUAGAGGUAACCAAUAAUAAGAUUAUUCUAAUGUGUUUUAAUUAAUUUCAAUGAAUGAAGAUUUGACUCAAAUUAGUAUAUAAUUAAUCUAUGCAAUUAAAAAAGAAGUUUAAAAUAAAAUUGAAGCAAUUUCUUAAGAAUUAGCCUUUUAUGGUAUCGAAUUUAAUCCAGUAGUUGUUCGAAAAUUGAAUUUAUUUUCAUUUCUUAUUAUCUGGAGAUUUAUAUGUUAUGAUAAAUUGAAAAUGUAUCAAUAAGAAUAAGACAAAUUUAUGUUAAAAAAAGCUGAAAUGAAAAGUAAGUUCUAAAAUAGUCUAAUGAAAAAAGAAUUAGAAGAAAUCAACUAAUUAGCAAAAGAAUAUCCAAAAUAGAUAUAUAAUUAAUGUAUUAUUUAGUUCUACAAAGAUAAUAAGAAUAAAGUAAGAGAUAUCAUUAAUUCUAAAUAAAAAACAUCUUCUUAGAUAAUUAAAUAGUUAGAUUAAUAAUUACUAAUAGAAAAGAUAGAUAAUAUAAUUUCUGGUUAAUUGAUUGAAACCUCAAUAACUGAAUACCUUAUAGAUUAAAGGGGGUUUAUUAAAAAAUAUGUUGAGCAAUUUAUAUAAAAUCUUUAGAAAAAUUUAGAAAAUUAGUUUUUAGUUUAAUUUUAUGUUGAAAAUUGCUUGAAUUUGAUUAAAAAUAAUGCAUCAAUCUUACUAGAUAAAGUUUUAUAGUUAUCUAAGAAUAAGGACAUUGAAAUUUAAGAAUGCUUUGAUAAAUACAUGAAUUAAACUCUACCAUUAGAUUCAAUUUUUAGUUUUAUUAGAGGUAAAGAUGUUGAGAAACUUCCAAAUUUUCAAUAUCAAUAGAUAUUCUUCUUCGAUACUAAUAUAAAAUAAGUUAAUAUAUCUAUAGAAUAAACUUCAAAUUAUGAUAUUUCACUAUUUUUAAUGCAGCCAUUCCUGAUAGAAUUUAUAUCUUAGAUUUCAAUUUUAUCUAUUGAAAGUAAAAAAUUAAAAACUUCCAUUGAUGAAUUUCAACUAAAAUGGCUUUUUAAAGAAUUGUACAAUAAUUUGAAUGGUUGUGAGCAUACAUGUCCAAUGUGCAAUAGAAAAUGCGAUUAUUUAUAUUAUUAAGAAAAGGAUCAUAAGCAUAAGUGCAACAAUGGACAUUAAUUAAGAGGUAUUAAUUAUUUAUAUCCAUAAAGGAAUGAAUAGAAUUUUAAUCAGAUCGUCUCCAUCUCUCUUCACUUGCGAGGAAAUAAAUGAUGAAGCAGAAAUCUAAAUAAAAGAAAAUCGUAAAUUUAAAACUUGGAGAGAAAUCAAAUAAAUUUAUAAUUCAUGGAGUUUCAAGGAUAUUUUAUCAAUAUAACAGGUCUAAGAAAAUAAAUAAAAAAUGAUAGAUAUUUGGAAUGGAGGUGUAGGUUAAUAUAUUUGCUAAUAAUUGUCAAAAGAAUUAUAAUAAGAAAUCAUCUAUUUAAAAAAACAUGAUCUUCCUAUGCAUUUGCAACAUAGCUCAACUCAUUAUAUUUUCAUCCUCGAUGAUUCUGGAUCUAUGUAUCAUCAUUGGACUUCAGUUAUCAAAUGUGUUAAAUCACAACUUGAACAAAUAAAUAAGAAAGAAAAUGUUAAAGUCAGUGUGGUUAUAUUUAAUAAAGAUGCAAGAAUUGUUGUAAAUUGUUAAACAGUAAAAUUUGAAGAAUAGCUAAAAUUACUUGUUUUUUAAAACGGUCCUGAUACCAAAUUUGGGCCUGCAUUUAAGUUAACAUUAGAUCUUAUAAAAUAAAAUUCUGAAUUCAAUUAGUAUUUAUUUUUUAUUUAUUUUUCAGAUCAGUCAUUCUUUUUUAUACUGAUGGACAAGCUGAAUAUCCAAAAUAAGAAAUUGAAUCGUUUGCCAAAUUAUCAAAAUCUAUAAAAGAUAAAAUUUACUUUUUAGCAUGUUCCUAACCUGAGAAAUCUUUAUCAUUAGAAAUGAUUCUUAAUUUUUGUCAAAAUGAAUUUACAUAUGCAGAAUGGAGGGAUAAAAUUUAACCAUCUAAUAUUGAUAUAAAUUGGACAGAAAUGAUAUCUAACACACAUCUGGAAAAAUAUAAAGCGUGA